UGGAUGCCACGUGUCACUAGGCCAUUGGGCCACGUGUUUAGGGUAUUUUUACCCCAAACAAAUCCCAUUAAUGAUUUCUACAAAUCUAAUACUAGUAAAUAAAUUGAUUAUAAACUCUGAACAAUUGUUUUCGAACCAAGUCAAUAUCAAUUGUAUUUAUUUGAUUAAGUCAAAAAAAAUAAAAAAAUAGUGAGAUUAAUUCAACUUUGUCAAUAAACAAUCCAGUCUCGUCCUCAACUUCUCAUUCUAUUCAUCCUCAUUUCCCCGCCAAACUAUAAACAAUUGCAAUUUGCAACUUUCCACCAAAACUUGUUUCUUGAUCAAAAACCCCUAAUUCUUUCUAUGUUGUUAUCAACUAUAAAUUUCUCUGCAACAAUUUUAAUUUCGCCAAAAAAAUUUCUACUUUUUUCUUGGAUUUUAAUGUUGCCAAUUUCAUCAAAAUGGAGGAUUUUCAAACUUUACAAGAGAUCCGCUGUGAAUCGAUUCCAAUUUCUUCUGGUUCUGAUGCUCCCAGAAAUGCUCUUUUCUUUCAUCGGUUUCCAGAACAAGGUACUGAUUCCGUUGACCACGCUGACAUAAGUUAUUGUUCUAUACACAGCAAUGAUGUUGCAACUGUACAGUGUAUAGAAUGUGUCAAUAAUGGAUUGCCUGUCAAACACAGUUAUCACUGCUCAAACAAGUGUUUUCGAGAUGCAUGGAAGAACCAUAUUUUGCAUCAUCAUAGUGCAAAUGUUAGCAAUGCUUGUAUCGAGGAUAAUGAAACACGGGGAACUCUAAAUAGAUGUAAUUCUUGGCCACCUGGUGAUAUGGUGUCAUGGUUUGAUGAAAAGAUAGAAGUGGUUAUACCAACAGGGAGGAUGUGGGUUAAUAAGUUGGGCCCUUCAAAUGCUUUAAUACCAUCAGCUGAUGGUGUUGGAUUUAGUUUUAAGCUCCAAUCUGAAGCUGCAGUGUGUGCAGAUGAGACCUUUGCUGUGACAGACCCUACCGUUCAGAGGCUAAAUUUGUCGUCUCGUUCUCUUAUUUGGUUACCAGAUUCACCGAAAACUGAGAAGCAUGACCUGACUAAAAAGGUUUCUAAAGCUGGCAAUUUCAAUGUUCUAACUUAUAAUAUAUUGUCUGACAUCUAUGUUUAUGUGGACAAAUAUCCUUACUGUCCUGAAUGGGCUCUAACAUGGGAAUACCGCCGAAAAAAUCUGCUUCGUGAAUUGAUUAAGUAUAAUGCAGAUAUUUUGUGCCUUCAAGAGGUUCAGAGUGAUCACUUUGAGAAUUUCUUCAAGCCAGAGCUAGAAAGUUUUGGCUAUUCUGUUGCCUACAAGAAAAAGACUAAAGAGGUUUACACAGGUAAUGGUUAUACAAUUGAUGGAUGUGCCACGUUUUACCGCAAUGACAUAUUUAAGGAGGUCAUGUCCUAUGAGCUUGAGUACAGUAAGUCUGCAUUGUCACUUAUGGAAAAACUGGAACCAGGCUUGAGGGAUUAUGCUAGAGUUCGACUGAUAAAGGACAACAUAGCUCUUGCUGUCAUAUUGGAGGUGGUGGGCAAUUUUGCUGAUAGUGCUGCAUCUUUUUCCAGACUCUGUGUGGUUAAUACUCACAUAUAUGCUGGUAAGGGAUUCCCAGAUGUGAAGUUACUCCAGGUUUCUGAUCUUGUCAAUGAAAUAGAAAAGACUAUUGACUCAAAGAUGCCUCUCUUUAUCUGUGGGGAUAUGAACUCUUUUCCUGGAAGUGAUCCUUAUGUUCUGCUCACAAAGCAUGAGGUGGAUAUUGCAUGUGCAGAGGCACCUGAUCCACUAUGUAUAUUUCAGCAUCUCAAACUUCACCAUUCAAUGAAAUUGGCCAGUGCAUAUGCGUCAGCAUUUCUCAAGCCUCUCAAUGAUAUCAAAAGAAGAAGGAUGAAAAUGAAGCAUUCUAAAACAGGGGAGCCUCUUUUCACCAGUUUGACACCUUUUUAUGGUAGCACCUUGGAUUAUAUCUUUUACACAGUGGAUAGCUUGGAAGUCGAAGGCCUCUUGGAGCUCCCUGAAUUUGAGAGUGUGGGUAGAGCGCUUCCCUCCCCUUUUUGGUCAUCAGACCAUAUUGCGCUCAUGGGAAGUUUUCGAAUUACAAGACCAUUUCUUGGGUGAAAUAGGAAGGUGCACAUGAUGAGACUGUUUAGAGAGAGAAAGAGAAAGAGAAAGAGAAGAAGAAGUAAACUUGUGUCAAGAUAGCAGCCAUAGCAGCUUUGGCACAGCGAAUGGUGUUGUGAGAGUCUGAAUUUCUUCCACCAUCAUCUUUCGAAGGACCGCGUAAGUUUAUUUAAUUGGGAAAGGCGAGAAUGAGGAGAGCACACGUUAUUAUACAAUGCUAAUUAAUGAAAUGGUGUUGAAGGCGAGUAUGAAAUUUCGGAUUGGUGAAACAUUUUCGUUUUGUGUUUGUGUUAUGAACUUAUGAUGCAACUUCCUUCAAAGUUUUGUUGAAUUUAAUUUAAAAAGUCUGAUUGCAGUUUUUAGAGGUGUCAAUUGGCUCAAUUCAAUCAACUUACUCCUUAUCUACUUUAUAGUUUAACUAAUAAUAAUAAAGUACUUUAUAGUUUACAGAGUACUCCAUCCGUUUUUAAAUACUUGCUCCACUUUUUAUUUGCGGCCGUUUUUAAAUACUUGCUCCAUUUCCUUAUUUGGAAAGUUUUUACACUAUUUAAUCAAUUUCUCUCAUCUAAUGGUCCCGACAUAUAUUCCCUCUCCUCCAAUUCUCUCUACUACUUUUGUUUUCUAUAAUUUUUUAUUCUUCCACCAACUCCACUACCUCCAUAUUUUAUUA